UCCGGUAUUAUUAACGUCAAGGCGAUAAAGCACGGCCUUGAGGACAGCACCAAGUCCCUCCCCCACUCGCUCUCAUUCCUACCGCCACCAACACACAGACCGUUCCCCUUCUCCAUAUUUUCAGAUUUUUCUCUACACUGUAAUCGACGGUCAUCAUGGACGACGAAGUCGAGUAUUUGGGCACCAAUUUUGCUCAGCCAGCUGCUUGCCCCUGUGAUCCACAGCAACCGGUGACGGGUGUCACUAUGCACGUUGAGUCGUGUGGUGGAAAGCCUGCUCAUAAUGUUUCCUUCUUCAACUCUCGCACCUCCCAUGUUCACAUCGGUCGCAAAUCAAUCUCAGAUGAUAGGUCGAUGAGGAAAGAGAACGACGAUCAGAAUGCUGUAUUUGCAUGCCCCGUAGUCAGCGCAAAGCACGCCAAACUUGUGUUGGCCUCCAGCGGCCACGUGUAUAUUGUUGAUCUCAAGUCCCGUCAUGGGACGCAUUUGCGAAAGAAAGGCGAAACAACAUCUAGGAUGUUGCAGCCUGAGGUGGAGACCACCCUUACUGAUGGCGAUGUCGUGACGUUUGGUAAAGCUGUGGGGCAAGGCGCUACCCUCGUUUCGCCGGUCACAGUUCGCAUCGAAUUUUUGCGCGAUAUUUUGGAUAUGCGCGACUCGCCUCCAUGGUGUCUUACCCCUGCAGAACCCUCAAGUCCUCGCCCACGAAAAUUAAGCACUGGGCGCUAUGGCCUUAAUAGUCCUAUUUCAUAUCCUUCUUCCCCGUCUCGUUCUUCAGAGUCACUCUCAUCUCCAUCGGGCUCAUCCAACGAGGCUGCUUCGCAUUCAGAGCAUGAAUCUGAUAUAGAAGAGAUACCGUCUUGGGAAGAACUUCGUUCCUGUGUUUCAUCCUUACGCCAAGACUUCCCUGUAGACUUUCUGGGUGGUUCAUCACUCGGAAAGAUGCCAUCGCUUGGGUCGUUGAUGCAGGAUAUCUGCCAUAAGAUCGCGGACCCACUUGACAUAGAUUCUCCCCAACAUUGGUCCCCUCCGGCCAUUGCAACCAUUACAUCCAUUGAUGACGAUGAUGCGCCCUCGUCCAUUAUCCACGUUGAGGAUUCGCGGUCUCAUUCUCCUAUGGAGCUCUCCACACCAUCUCCAUCGCCCGCUCAGGUUCCCGAGGAACCGGAAGCCAGUGCAUGGCCACCGUCCAGGGCUGACUCCCUGCAGCCCGCUUUACGUCGGUCGGAUGAGUUAAACAGAGUCAAACUUCCAUCGAUGUGCUCAUUUGGGCACAUGGGAUCCCUCGAAUCAGGAUCUUUUGAGAGCUUCCCAGAACGGCUCCCCUCGCUUUCUAGCUUCCCGCCGUUUGUGCCGCUGGAGGCUGAACCGGCUACCCUAGCACCCAUUCCUGCUCUUCCCUCUAUCACUGAGGUGCGGCCUGAUGAAUCCCAGAUUUCCAGCCACGACGAUCAUAGAGAUCUGCACGAUGCCAUAAAGACUAUAGAGGCAAGGUCGAAGGACGACCUCUAUGACCUUCAGCAUCAAGUUGACAUGCUCGAGCCUGAAUCUGACCAACUUUUUGCACGCUUGGAGGCUGCAGAAGACAAGCUAUCUUCUUUGUCAGACCUACAGGAUCAAGUAUCUGAGUUACAAUCCAAGGCCGACGCAGAAAGCUGUGAUACCUUCGUGCCGCCCAUGGCAGAUGUUAAGGCUUGUGCUGACGCCCUCAAUGCCCUCGUCAUUGAAAUGAAGACCUUACGCGAGGAGACUGAAAAACGCGUGGAGGAGAGGAUUCAGACAAUCCAGACUGCCAGGAUGGAGGCGUUGUCUGUCAUCGCUGCAGAAGUAGAGAGUUUCAAAUCGCUUAAGCGCAAGCACUCUGAUAUUGAAAUUGAGGUUGCUCCUCCAGUCAAGAUGGAUAUUGUUGUGGAUGAAGCCCCAGCGGUGGCUGCGAAAUCUGAAUUACUGAUCGAAAAUUACAGACAUGUUAAACGGCCCAGGAGGAUAAUGACAUCCAUCGCGCACACCGCCACGGCCAUGGCAGUUGGUGCAGUUGCCACUUGGUCUGCGCUUGCCUUCUCGUAAAUUUCAGGAGAAUUCUCAUAUUGCAAUUGCUAAAAUGCAUAAUUGGUUUUUGGUUUGUACCACCACUACUCAUGUUGUAGGAACCCUGUUGUAUCUUCCUUCGUACGAUGUACGUUAUUUUAGGUUUUUGUACCGAUUAUAUGUUGUAUCAGGUUCCCGAUGAGCAUUAUUUGAACUGACAGCUCUGGCUGCGCCCUGAUUGAUGUGGAUAAACAUAUAAUGAUUAACAAUACAGAGAUAUGUAAUAACAUCAUUC